CAAGUAAUUUGACAAAACAAGUAGCGAGCGUGCGCCAACACGAGAGAAAGAAGAGUUGCGAAUAGAGGUAAUGCCAGAAAGUUCUGAGAAGAAAGCGAAUGACCCGUUUACACGAACAUUAAACAUCAGAGGCACCGCUGGCUCGUCAGGUAGGGGGUUGACAAUGGAACCCACCAGUGAGACCAAGAACUUGACCUCCAACCCCUCUGAGACCCAGACACUGGAGCAACAAAGCAGCACAGGCGGCAGAUGGCUGCUGCUGGUGGCGGCCGGAGCGGCGUCCCUGAGCGGCCUGAUGCUGGGCUACGAAAUGGGCCUGACCUCCGGCGUCCUGCUGCAGCUGCGGGGCCUCCUCUCCCUCACCUGCCGCCAACAAGAGCUGCUGGUCAGCUCGCACCUGCUCGGCGCCCUCCUCAUCUGCCUGGCCGGCGGCCCCGUGUUGGACCGCUACGGCCGCCGCUGGUCCCUGCUCCUGAGCGCGGGGCUGGUGGUCGGGGGGAGCGUCGUGCUCACGGCGUCCAGCUCGCUCGUCGCCUUCGCGCUGGGCCGGGUGGUGGUGGGCAUGGGAACGUCGCUGUCGGGGACCGCGGCGUGCCUGUACAUUGCGGAGAUCUCGCCGAGGGAGAGGAGGGGUCUGCUGGUGACGCUCUACGAGCUGAUGCUGGUGGUGGGCGUCAUGCUGGGAUUCGGCUGCAGCUACGCCUUCGCCGCCCUGCCCAGCGGCUGGGCGUAUACGUUCGGACUGGCGAUCCCCCCGGCGCUGCUGCAGAUCGCUGCACUCCUCUUCCUCCCGCCGAGUCCCCGCUUCCUGGUCUCCCGGGGCAAGGUGCAGCGGGCCAGGGUGGUGCUGGCCAGGAUGAGAGGUGGGACUGAGGAGCACGUGGAGAAGGAGCUCAUGGACAUCAGGACGGGACUCAAGGAGGAAUCGGAGCACAGUUUCUGGGAGCUGUUCAGCUCCAAGGCCAACCUGCGCUCCAGGCUGCUGACGGGCGUGACCUUGGUCUUCCUGCAGCAGGCCACCGGUCAGCCCAACAUCCUCUCCUACGCGUCACCGCUCCUCCGCAGCGUGGGCUUCGCCAGCGACGCCGCGGCCACCUUGGCCUCCACGGGGUUUGGGGUGGUCAAGGUGGUCGGCACCAUCCCGGCCGUGUUGCUGGUCGACCGGGUGGGACCCCGCAGCUUCCUGUGCGGGGGCGCCGUGGCCAUGGGGCUGUCGCUGGCGGCGCUCGGCGCGCUGACGCUGCAAAGCCACACCAACCUCACCAGCCUGUGCAAGAGUCACACCGGACCCAACGGCACCACGCAGGCGCCGUGGGGCUUAAACCAGACCGCCGUGCAGCCGGGGAGCGGUGACGUCUUUGCGACCGACCUCCCCCACCAGUGGAACAGCGAGGGGUCACAGCGGGCCGACCGAGAGGACCACGGGGUCGGGGGGGCGGCGGUAGGGGCCUCCUUGCUGAAGUGGGCGUCACUGAUCAGCCUGCUGGUGUAUGUGGCGGCCUUCUCCGUUAGCCUCGGCCCAAUGGUCUAUGUGGUUCUCAGUGAGAUAUUUCCGAUGGGAGUCCGAGGCAGGGCUGUUUCCGUGGUGUCUGCUGUAAACUGGGCCACCAACCUGCUGAUCUCCAUGACCUUCCUCACAACUACAGAAAAGUUCGGCGUGGCCAAUGUGAUGUUCCUCUACGCCGCCAUGAGCUUCGUCCUCCUGCUGUUCGUCAUCUUCUGCGUCCCCGACACCAAAGGUCGCACGCUGGAGGAGAUAUCCAAAGAGCUGGCUAAGAAGUAAACGGCCCGCCCUCCACGCGAUCUCAAUGUUGUCAGUGUAUCGAGUCAAAUUUGUGAAGUGGACCGCUUCAGGGGAGCCAGAUCAGCAGCAGCGGCAAAUCCACAGAGAUUUUAGUUAGUUUUUUGACGGACCACAAAAGAACACCUCGCCUUAAGGAGAGGGGGGAGCCGAAGGGCCAAGAAGGACAAUGUUUUAGCACUGUUAUGACUUUGGGGCACCAUUUAUGCACCUCACCCACACCACAGGAUUUCCAGCUGAUUCCGCUUCUGGCUACAUGCCGUAUGUGUGUAACGGGGGAAAUCACCUGGGAAUGGAUGGUGUACUUCGGAUUUAAAAGAAAUAAUAAAAAUAAUGGCGAUGAAUGUGUGAAUUAGCAAAAGUGAGGAUAUCUCAGGGUUCAGGCUUGUUAAACGGCAGUAAAAAAGGUAAACAAUAGGGAUUGAAUAUAUUUAUAUCAUGAAAUAUAUUUCAUUUCUUAAAUUACAUAUUAUAUAAUGAUAUUUAAUACAGGCCCGGUAAUGCAGAAAGGGGCAUUACACCUUGAGGCAGAGCUCACAUUUUACCACUACAGCCUUUUAGGGUUUUUCAAUUUUGACAUGACGUUGUGACGUCAGACAUUAUUUACAAAGUAGAGACCAGCGGUUGGAUCCCACCGACUGGGACGCUGAAUUUUGCCAGAGAUCUCAAGUUUGUCUACACAUCUGUAGUUUCAUUAACACCUGGCAAAGUACUCAGCAGCUCUUUUUUGUUGGUUGCUGCUAGCGUAGAUGUGCCUGGACCACAUUUGGUCAUUUUUUCCUCACGCAGCCCAACGGGUCAAAAAAAAAAAAAAAAGCCAGCCCAUUGGACUAAGAUGGACAACCCGAUUAAGACACAUGAUCACUUUAAAUGUCUGUGCAUGAAACACUUUUUCGUAUGCUGCUCUCUGCUUUAUGUGAUGUAAUGACAUGAACAUACAUACUACAUGCAGCAUGUCUACCACAAGCAGAUACACUGUGUCUUUUUCUUUUACAUUUCAUGGGAACACCCAAUCAAACAAUAAUGAAUCAACCCAACAAACAAGCAAACUAAUACUAAACUCCUCGUAUCAGGUUAUAAUAUUGAAUGUAUUGUGUAACGAAAAAAAAAAGUAUGAAAACGUAUUGUCUUGUUUGUUGAUGCCAAAAUUAAACUUGAUUAACAA